AUGCGUAACGGUGUAAACGGCCACUGUCCUUGUUUCUUUUUAGAUCAAAUUUGCUUCCACUUUAAGUGUCUUGAACAAUUACCCACACGUACACACAUUAAUUCCUCCCUAACCAAACAAUCACUCACUUUGUUGUCUUUUACGACUUGUUUAUCAAAAAUCUAUCUAUCUAUCUAUCUAUCUAUCUAUCUAUCUAUCUAUCUAUUUAUCUAUCUAUCUAUCUAUCUAUCUAUCUAUAUAUCUAUCUCAGCCUUUUCAUUAUCUAUUUAUCUAUCAUGUUAUCUAUUUCAGCCUGUCCAUAUAUCUCUGCCUGUUUAUAUCUAUCUAUCUAUCUAUCUAUCUAUCUAUCUAUCUAUCUAUCUAUCUAUCUAUGCCAGUGAUCAUUCUUUCUUUCUUUCUUUUUAUUUGUUCAUUAUCUAUCAAUUUAUGUCUAUAUCUAUUACAGUCUUUAUCUUUCUCUCCCUCUCUCUCUCUAUCAAUCUAUCACAUUGUGUUCAUGUCUGUCUGUCUGUCUCAAUCUAUCUAUCUAUCUAUCUAUCUAUCUAUCUAUCUAUCUAUCUAUCUAUCAAAAUGUGUUCAUAUCUAUCACAAUGUGUUCAUAUCUAUCUAUCUAUCUAUCUAUCUAUCUAUCUAUCUAUCUAUCUAUCACAAUGUGUUCAUAUCUAUCACAAUGUGUUCAUAUCUAUCUAUCUAUCUAUCUAUAUUCUUUCUUCCCCCUCUCUCUAUCUAUCUAUCUAUCUAUCUAUCUAUCUAUCUAUCUAUCUAUCUAUCUAUCUAUCUAUUUCUCCCCCCAUAUAUAUAUAUAUAUAUAUAUAUAUAUAA